GAAGAGAGAGAGAGAGAAGAGGGGCGACAGUAACGAUUCUAACGAAGAAGAAGAAGAAGAGCACUCCAACGGAAAUCAGAACUCCAGGGCUUGAUUACAGAAGAUUAGGGCUCGAUUAGGGCUCGAUUUGAAGCGGUUUCAUUUCCCCACUUGCUUGUCCGAAUCUCCCUUUCAGCAGGAGAGAAUACCCGUCCGUCGGAGGAACUCUUUGUACGUUUUGGAGAGAGAGAGAAAGAGGAGAGAGAAGAAAGUUGAUAGAAAAUGGGACUUCUCUCUAACAGAGUUGAUAGGGAUAGCCUCAAACCAGGCGAUCACAUCUAUUCCUGGAGGUCUGCCUAUAUCUACGCCCAUCAUGGCAUAUACGUUGGCGAUAAUAAAGUCAUUCAUUUCACAAGACAUGGGCAAGAAUUUGGAACGGGGACAUUUCUAGAUAUCCUUUUGGUAAGCUCAGAGCCUGCCCGAUCUCAAGUCCCCUGUUCCACGUGCACCCCACCAGAAGAAGCUCACGGUGUUGUCUCCUCAUGCUUGAACUGUUUCCUUUUGGGCGGCGUGCUUUACCGCUUCGAGUAUUCUGUGAGUCCCACUCUCUUUCUUGCAAAAGCACGCGGUGGAACUUGCACUCUAGCAGUUUCUGAUCCCCCUGAUAUCGUGGUCCAUAGGGCAAACCACCUCCUUAACAAUGGGUUUGGGUGCUAUAAUGUAUUUAAGAACAACUGUGAAGACUUUGCAAUUUACUGCAAGACAGGACUAUUGGUUCUCGACCAAAAUACAAUGGGGCAGAGUGGGCAGGCAGUUUCCAUAAUUGGUGGGCCCCUUGCGGCAGUUUUUUCUACGCCUUUACGUCUUGUAACCACAAAUGUCUAUGGUAUGGCAGCGACUGCUGUUGGAGUGUAUUGUGCAAGCCGCUAUGCUGCUGACAUAGGCAUGCGAAGGGAUGUGGUGAAAAUGUCUGUGGAGAAUCUGACAACAAGGUUAGCUGCGGGUACUCUUCAGGUUGUUGAUUCGAGUCUUCCUGUUGUGCUUCCCCCUACCCGUUAAUACAUGUUGGUUCUGUUACAUCUAUAUCCAUUACAAUGCCUAUACUUUGCGAUCUUGAUGUUUGUAUAACAAUAUGUGAUAACUUGUUGAUCUGAAACAUGGAAAUGUUCAGUACCAUUUAAGUUUAUUGGUGAUGGACCUGUUUCA